AUGACCGGGUUAGGCGUGCAUCACUCGAACACUCGCCGGCUGUGGAAGCUCAUCGACAGCGACCACCGCCGAGUGCUUCGCAUGUGCCACGGCCUCCCUCGCUCAUCGCGGGUUGCGGAAACGCUCGCGGAAACUGGCGCGUGGCCCGUCUCUUUGACGGCUGACCUGCGUGCCCUCGGUCACCUCGAGCGCCUCUCCUGUGCCCCGGACGCAGGACCCAUCCUGUCCCUCAUCCGUUGCCUGCCCCAGUCACGAGUGGGAACAGUGUGCGAUCUGUUUGACAGCCUGGUGGUCGACCCUCCGCCCGUACCGCCUACCUGGCCACCGCCACACCAGCGCACGCCACUUCACGUGUGUCUUGACCUCCCGGGCGUUCGCUCCAAACAUCGCACGCCUCUCUGCGCUGUACAGCAGGAGGCUGCUGCCAGGAUCGAGGACGACCUGGGAGGAAUGACGCACUUGUAUGCCGAUGGCUCCGUCCUCAGCGACGGCUCGGCGGCUGCCGCCUGUGUUGCUCCCGCACUUGGCAUCUCGAAGCAGUGCCGCCUCUACUACCGGGCUUCCUCUACCACGGCGGAGCUAGCGGGACUUCACCUCGCUGCGGACAUUCUCGAGGAGUCGCCGCACAUCACCAGCGCGGCGAUUCUCUGCGACUCGAGGUCCGCGCUGCAGCAGCUGCUACUCGACGAGCGCGCGCCGCCCCUUGCACAGCGCCUUGCCGUCCGUCUGCACGCACUGCAGGGGCGAUGCAACCUGGGCCUGCAGUGGAUCCCCUCGCACGUCGGAGUCGCGGGCAACGAGACGGCGGACCGGCUAGCCAGGCGCGCACACGACUCGUCGACCGCGCUGACAGACCGGGUGAGCUCGCUGGACACAGCGCGACUUCACUUCAGACGGGAGCUCGCGCUCCGCCAUCCCGACGACCGAGUUGCGCAGGGGCGCCCACUGCGUCAUCUCCCGCAGACCGGAUUCACUAGGCGCGAGCGCGCCUUGCUCCUCGCCCUUCGGACCGGUUCUGUGUGGCCCGCCGAGCGGCGGCAUCGACUGCGUGGAGCCCCCUCUCCCCUUUGCGGCGACUGCGGCGCGAUCGAGACACUCCAGCACCUGCUGUGUGAGAUCAGCCAGCUUUUCUACUUGGUCUUUGGUUUUGAGUUCGAGGAGGAGGUCCAUAUGUGA